AUGACGACCGCCAAUUCAAUCGAGAUUGCCGCACCCGCGCCUUCCCUGGAGAAGUUCCUCCUAGUCGGUGCUGGUGCUCACGCCAAGAGGACGUAUAUCCCCCAUCUCAAGACUCUCCGCGAAGAAGGCAGGGCCUAUCUCAAAGUCGUCGUCGAUAUCGAGCGAUGCAAGGACAGAGUGGAAGACCUCCUGUUCAACAAGGAGAUGGCUCCGGAUGCAGAGCUAGUUCUGGUUCCAGCCUUCGAUGGAGCCAUGCCUGCCGAUAUCGCCGAGCGCCUGGACGAAGUUGUUGCACGAACUGGAGUUACCUGCGCCGUCAUCAGCACCGAGCCGCUUGCCCAUAAGUCAUAUGGCCUUUGGGCUAUUUCUGCAGGGCUGAACGUCAUCAUGGACAAGCCUAUCUCGACCAGAAAUGGAGCAGUUACCGAUUUUGACGCCGCCUUCGGGAUCGCCGAGGACUAUCAGGAUCUUGCCGAUGCCUACGAGGAGCUCCGAAAGCGCCAGGAGGCUCAAGGACAGAAGCCAACAUUUUUCCAGAUGAACAGCCAUCGUCGGUACCAUCCCGGAUUCUACUGCACCUUCGACAUGAUCAAAGAGAUCCAGGAGAAGACUAGAUGCCCGGUUACGAACAUCAUUUCAACACAUUGCGAUGGAAAAUGGCGCAUGCCAUCAGAGAUUGUGGACGAGCCUUACCACCCCUACCGUACCGGCUACGGCAAGGUGUCUCACAGCGGCUACCACUUCUUCGAUAUGAUCUACAACUUCAUGCGAGCCGGCUGGGGGGACAAUAAGAGGCCCGAUAAGAUGGAGAUUUCGAGUAGCUUUGUUCUCCCUGCCGGUUUUGUCACCACCCUUAACGAAGACGACUACGACCACAUCUUUGGAAAGGAAGAGUACGCCAAGUGGAAGAAGUACAGCGACGAGGAGCUGAUGAAGCUCAUGGUAGACAUGGGAGAGAUCGACGCUUCUAUCCAAGUCACCUUCUCCCGUGGAGGUCACGCCAUCGCCAUCGCCCAGAUCAACCUCUUGCACAACGGCUUCUCUCGCCGCAGCUGGCUGCGGCCUGGCGCUGACCUGUACAAGGGCAACGGAAGAGUCAAGCAUGAGGCGCACGAGAUCCGCAGUGGCCCGCUGCAGACCAUCGUCAUCGACUCCCGACAGGCCAACGACAAGCACGACCGUUCCAAGCCCAGCACCGGCGAGAUCGGCACCGACAACCAUUUCGAGGUCCACGUGUUCCGCAACCACGACAUUACCGGAGACGAAGCUCCUCUGAAGACCUUCACUGUGGCCGAUCUCGACCGCCGCUACAACACCGCUAUGCCCGGCAUUUACUCGGAGAACGUCAAGCGUGGAAUUCUGUGGGAGGCAGUAGACUUCCUUCACGGCAAAAAGACUCUGCCCGAGCUCACCUCCAACCUAGCGGAUCACGCCAUCCCCGCCUACAUCAUGAGCGCCGCUUAUAUCUCUCACAUCAGGAGGUCCCGCGGUCUUGAUUCGACCGUCCCAAUCGAGCUCACUUAUGGAGCUGAUGGUUUGGCCAAGGCUCAUAUUGCCGAAGCUCUGUACCGACCUUUUGGGUCUACUGCAAGUGACGCCAGUAGCGCUACCGACGUGGAUCUGGCGACUCCCCUCGACGAGCCCCUCGUCAACUCCGACAUCAAGGCUAAGAUCGGUCUGGCAGAGCCUUUGGCGUCUUUGAAUGCAAUUUGA